AUAGUAUCUUAAUGAAUGCUGCCUUGCUCGCGCGUUGAAGCAGCAGGACAUUCAGCACGGAGCAGAGCAGCAAACAUGAAGGACAACAGCCUUCCCAGAAUCCUGGUGAUCCUACUUUCUGUAGUGGUUUUUGUCGCCGUUCUGGUCGUUAACGCGUUGGCUGGAGCGGGCAGAGGUCCUUUCCACUUCAGUACAGGUAAUGUGUCGGCCCGUUACGAGACAGACAUCACUCCAGCUGGUUGGACUUUCUCCAUCUGGGGAGUUAUCUACACCUGGCUCACCCUGAUGGUCAUUUACAUCACUUCAUAUGUUUUCAGAGGGUCUUGGGCUCAGUGUCUGCUACCCUAUGCCUUCUAUUUUGCCUGGCUGUUGAACAUGCUGCUGAACAUGACGUGGCUCGUGCUGUGGGAUAAAGAGUUGAUGCUAGCAGCUCUGGUUGUGUUGAUACUGAUAGCCUUUACCAAUUACAGCGCUUUGUUCUUCAUUUGCUGUGCCACAGAUUACUAUGGACUGUGGUUGCAGUCAUACCAUAGAAAGGACCUGGCGUGCCUCAGAAUACUGGUCCAAAACGGCCUGGCUGUUUACACCACAUGGAGCUCUAUUGCAUCUCUGCUCAAUUUAUCUGUGGUUCUCCAUCUGUGGGGUGUUGACAAAAGCACAGCUGCAACUGCUUCUCUGUGCAUUCUUUUCGCGGAGUUGUUGGGAUGGUUUAUUCUGGAAAGCUGGGUGCUGGACCGCUGGGUGCGUAACAUUCUGACAGUGUACCCUGUAGUUAUCGUGGCUCUGACUGGAAUCGUCUACAAACAUUUUAACCCGGCUGACCCCACUCCAAACUCUGUGUUUAUGGUGGUACAACUGGUGGUAGCCUGCAUCCUGUUUGUUUCCCGAGUCUGCUCAGUCAUCUGGAGGAACAAGUGGCGACCUCUCCAUUCACCAGGUUCAUCCCGACUAAUGGUGUCCCCACUUGAUGGCAGCAAGUUCGGGAUCUUAAAAUAGGGAAACCCAUCCUCCUACACAUGUUUAGAUGUGACAUUGCUUCUAUCAGAGCUAAAGCUCAGUUAUAAAGUGGGCUUUUGCUUGACAUAAAGCCUGAUAAACAACAGUUUAAUACUGAACAUGAGAUAAAUAAAUCAUUUUUAUUCUAAGUUUUCUCAGCAGAAAUGUCUGAAACACUAAUCAUUACAAAAUUUGUAAUUUGUCUACUAACAUUUUACCUCCAUCUUUAUCACUUUACUAUGUUUUUUAGGGCUUCCAUAUAAUUUGGUUCAAAGUGUUUUACACAUUGUUUCUGUGUUAUGCAUACUACAGCUGAAAUGUAAUUUGUUAACCAUGUAUUAUGAGGUAUUUAGAUCUUUGCUAAUCCUGUUUGAUGUGCCUAUUAAAUAAUUUUGUCAACACUAGUUUUAUAUCUAAACAUUUAAUGGCAAUAAGAUUUGCUAAUAGUUUUGAUGAAGGUUAGAAAAAUACCACUUUACCUCUCACCUCUCAUUUGGUUUUAAAGUGUAAGGAUUAUAAUUAUUGAUUCAUUAAUAUUUAUCAAAAAUUAUAAUUAAAAAUCAUAAUUCAGGAAAAUAAUUUCUUAACCAAAAUCAUUACUUGCAAAUAGAAAUCAGAGAUGUCCUCUGGUGUUGUGAUUAUGGGCUCAAAGCUCUUAAUACAAUUAGCUAUUCAUAAUUAAUAAUUGCUAAAUUAUUAACAAGAACCACAAAAUGUCACUGUUUAUUCAACCGCUUCACCGAAGGUGGAGGAACUUCGACCUUCGACGGAUAAAUCACUCUUGCACAAAAUAAACACGAACGCUUCUCUUAAUUAUAUAUAUGAAGAUUUAUUGAAGCCAUAUAGUAAUUCUGAUAUACCAUUAUUCUGCUCCAAAAACCUCCAUCUAACUAACAAGCACUACUCUACACAAAGGGGAUAAAAAUGACUACCUAACAAUAAUAAUAAAUGAAAAAUAUAUGUGCAUUGAGUGUCUAUGAAGAUCAAACCAGCGGUUUUAUGGACAAAACGUGCAAUUUGGGAUAACUUGGAAAAAGAAGCCCUUCUAGUGUGCUGAUGUCUCGAUUGCAGUGAUCAGCUGGUAGACGGUGAGCUGUGCUCUUAGCCACUAGCAGCUGAUUGCCCCAAAUCUCGUACAAAGACUCAUAAAACUCUUGAGGCAGGAACUCAGUGAAAAAACUCCAGUAAUAAAACUGGAACAAAGGAGUAGUCAGGCGAGGCCCAAACCGCAGUGGCUUUGAAUGGAAAACUUUAAAAGUCCAGCUUCUAACUCUUGGCUGAUUUGGGAUCAGCCGGAUAACAAAAUGAACACAUUGAUUGUCAUUCAUUUUUUGGAUAUACUUUAAUUUAAUUUUUUUAUUUAAUUUGAUAACUGUUACUACCCUUUCUGAGUUUAUUUCCAGCAGUUAUUGGGUGAGACAUCGUUUUAAUGGUCCAGUUAGGACUUUAGGUAAGUUCUGCUGUUUUAAUAAGUGCACUAUAAAUAAAGUUUAAACAUUACAUAAUUAAAAUUCUCGUCCCCAACUCAUGUUAAACCUUAACAGUCCACCUUCCUGUGUCUGUGCUGAAAAAUAACUCCUGGUUUUAGGUCAUCUGUGGACUUGCAUGCACAGUCAUGAUUUGGUUAUGUAGUUGAGUGAGCCUUUCCCUUCCUUCUGGUUUUUCUGUGUUCGAAUCCUCUGUAAAUACAUAAAUUAACCAAUGGCUAUGAGGGUGUCCUAAAUAAUAAAACCCCGAAAAUAGUUCCUGGCACUGAGAACUCUGCUGUUUGUACCUGACUGUGGACCAAGUAACUGUUAAACUGCCAGUCUAGAGAAAAAGUGGGAUUUGGAGCCAUGGGAAAGGGAAAAAGAAUAAUAAAAUUGAAAAAAAUCCUCUAAUUUGAUAGACUUCAGAUUUAAAACAAACUGUCCACUGUUUUCUUGAUAAACCUAAAUCUCCCUCUCUAAUCUCAAUGGAACUUCUGCUAUCCCAAAUAGUCAUAGUCAAUAAAUUACUGUGUUCCAAUGAGGUGUCCGAGCUACUGCACCCUGUAAGCGGUUAGACACCUCUGUGCUUCCCCAAAAUCUUUUGCCCUGAAGCGGCACGAUGUUUUACAACACUUUCUCUCAAAGGAAUGACUAAAACUGUACAAUACUUUUAACACUUUUUAUCUAAAUAAGGCAGAGGAUGGUUACAGAGAUCAGCACUGAGGCUCCCGUCCUGGAUCCACCUGGUGAUCAAAGUGACGAAGCAUCCUCAAGAGAAGGAUGUCACAUGUAGUUUUAUAUCUGGUACCCCUGUGCAACGAAUGUACAUUCCCUCAGUGUGUAUCAGUAGAUAACAUCUAUGUGUCACCCUUAUGGUGUCUUUCAGAUAUGGUGUGUAAUAGCAGGUGUCCAGUCUUUAAGUGUUGCUGCAGUAUUCUAAUCAACCUGGUUACAGACUGCUCCACAAUCAAACCCAAUGUACUAAACUUUGUCAAUCUGUAGGUCAUUUGUCCCUAUAAUAUACGUCAUUGAGGAUUUUUAUCCAUAUCCAAACAAAAGUGAAAACAUUAGUGUUUAUACUUUAUCAUUAUGAUGUGUGCGUGAAAGCUCAUCUAUAAGUAAUAAUAAGAAAGGUUAUUCCUAACAAACUUGUUUGUCAGAUUAAGAGUAUUUCUUGAAAAUAACUUUUUAACCAGGUAUAUAACAUACCUUUCAAAAAGCCCACAUUUCUGUAAUAAAAAUGUUUUUUAAUUGGUGUGAUGUAAUGUUCUUAAAUGCUGUAUUUUCAUUAGCUGUAAGCUGAAAAUCCUCAUAACAGAAAUAAAGGCUUGAAAACA